GAUCUAAGGUCUUGGAUUUUUGUUCUUCUCUUCAUCACACACACCUUGAGCUUUUACUUCCUUUGCUACGAGCCUUGCUUAAAGUACAAUACCUUGCAACACAAUCCAUUCGCUGUUUACAAUUCAAUUGAAUUUCAUUUUAUUACAAACUCUCAUCCAGUUCAAUUCAAUUCGAUUCGAUUCAAUACAAUUUCUUGAGUGAUCAAUCUCGCACCUCUCACAUUUAGUUAUAACCAACUAUCUCACACAUAUCCAACCGCAACAAUGCAUCACAAGCUUCUUCUCACAAUCUCUCUCCUCCCCACUCUCUAUGCAGCUCCUGCUCCCAUCCCAGACGUAGCAAACGAUGAUCACUCACCUUACUACUCUCCGUCCUCUGUCUCUGUUCCUUCUCUUCCUGCCCCAUCCGUCCCAUCGGUCCCUGUUUCUGGCGGUAGUACUGACAGUAGUGACCCACUUGGAAUAAAUGGUAUUUUAGGUGGUCUCCUUGGUGGUCUCGGUCUUGGUGGUGGUGGAGGAACUGCUCCAGUUGCAAGUAUCCCAGCUUUGCCCGCUCCGAGUGUGCCGGUUUUGCCCACAAGUCACUAUUAUCCUACACCUGUUCCUCAGGUUUCGGCUACUUUGCCUGUAGGUGGAGGAGGCCCAGUUGUUUCUGCUACGAUUCCUAUCGGUGGCGGCGGUGUUUCAAUUGGUGGUGGUGCAUCGGCUUCUGCUACUAUUCCUAUUGUAUCUGCUACUCUUCCAGCUGUUGGUGGUGGCUCAGGAUCGAGUGUGGGAUAUAACGGUGGUAGUGCUAGUGAAAGCAGUGGAAGUGGACCCGGCAUAUCUGUUUCGGUACCUAUUCCAACUGGUGGUAUUUCAGUCGGCGUUGGAACUUCAGAUGCAGUCACUGCUACACUUCCUGGUUCUACUAUCGCUAUAACACAACCUGGUGGACCAAUUAUCACUUCUGACCCUGCAUCGAGUGGUUGUCUGGCUAAGGAUCUAUCGACAUAUUCACUUGUGAUUGCUUCUACUAUUCCUGAGACAACAACUACCAUCUCGCAUUUUACUGUCCCAGUUGUUCAAACAAUCUCCACAAAUUAUGUGCAGGUCAUUUAUUCGACAGUUACUAUUCCAACUACAGUGUUGAAGACGAGUCAAAGCACUGGAACUACAACUAUUGUUGCUACUUCUAUCGUUACCAGCCUUCAAACCUCUCUUACAGCCAUCUGUCAAGGUGGUGAUUUCCCUGCAGCCCCUACUGGUUCUGGUUCUCCACCAAGUGGAUCUAGUGCCAAUGGUGCUGCAAGCUCAAGUGCACCAGGUGCUACCAUCAGCGUUGGACUUCCAAGUGGUGGGAAUGGGGGAAGUAGUGGAUCUGGAACUCCAACAGGAGGAAGCGGAAAUGGAUAUGGAAAUAAUGGUGGAUAUUACUCCAAAGUCUGAUUUGCCUGACCGAUGGGUUAGUUUGAUGGGCUAGAUUGAAUUGUAUGAGAAGGAAUAUUAUAGGUAUGGGUUUAAAUUGCUUCUAAUUUUGGUGGAGAUAGUUAUGAUUCAUAGAUUGUGGUUGAUAUCUUGGGAAAAUGUGGUGGUGGGAGAGGGAUAAGGAUAGCUUGAUCCUACAUGGCUAUGAAUUGAGGAGCUCUAGAUGUUAGGACUCAACUGGCGAAGAUAUGGUUGUGUGUGAAUGAAAUGAGUGGGAUUUUUCUUCUGAUGAUAGAUAGUAUAGUUUCAUUGAUUCAAAUUGAGAUUAAUCACCUCGUAUGAUUUUGAGAUUCA